AUGGACAGCGAUGGGACGCUGGCUACUUUGACUACCCCUCGGUCGCUUGGCACUCCGGAUGCUCCCAACCGUAAGGUCCGCGCUUCGGCAUCCCCCAGCGCCGGCCCCGAGCUUCCUGAGGAGGACGUGGAGGAUGACGACGAAAGAGCGAUAUUUCAUAGCGAGUACAAUCGGCUCGCAGACAGGGUGGCCACCCCAUCAAAUCCCGGGUGGACCAACGUGUCCGCUAACUGGGAAGAUCUAGUAUGGCAUACGAUUGCUUACGCCGGUGGGCUUCUCCUCGAGCAGCCGAGUUGGCUCUCCAAAGCUCUGCGACGGGUUUCCUCUGGCCAGUCGGGUAAAUCGACACAGACCGUAAUUACCAAGCCAGAUCGAAAGCCGCUCCGGCACCGGCGAAGCAUCAGCAACGUUGCCUUGAACCUCGCAAACCAGCCAAGGAAAGACGGCUUGAAGAACAAAAAUGUCCCGGCGUUGGUCCGACUAUGCGGGGAGAGCCUUUUUCACUUGCCCGCGGAAUACGCGCCGUGCCCCCUGGUGUUGCCAACGUGCCUUCGCUCGCUCGCCCAGGCUCUCGUACAGAAAGCUGAUACGCGAGGCAUCUUCCGGGUCCCUGGUUCCUCCCGGGUUGUAAAUACGCUCUAUAAUUACUACUACGCCGACGGCGACGCGGACGAUAUCUCUAGCACUGCUCGAUGCCCGAGCCUGCCUGCUCAUAUCAAGUACGGUAUCCACGAUGUUGCCUCUGCUUUCAAGAAAUUUCUGGUCGGACUGCCGGGUGGGAUUUUGGGCUCUUUGUCCCUGUUUGACGCCCUGGUUGCCAUCCAUAGCCAGCUUCGUGUUGACGGGAGGCUCACCAAGGCCGAAGAAACACAACUGCGCGCGCGGUUGAUCGCACUCGCGAUCGCGGCCGUAAAGUCUCGGUACCAGAGGGAGCUUAUCUGUGCCGUAUUUGGCCUCUUGUGCUUCAUCGGGACUCUGGCGGAGGAUGCACCUCACGAAGAUGAAGCCGGGCGGCCGCUUCCGGCAACUGACUUGAUGAGCUAUAACGCUUUAAGCGUCGUAUUCGGCCCCCUCCUAGUAAACGACUUGAUCGACUUCUACAAAAUGCGAAGCGCGGAUCCGGAAGAGAAGUCGUUCAGCACAUGA